AUGGUUGCUGUUGAAGUGCAGUAUUUGUGUCGUAUUUGUCGCCUUCCUGAACACUAUGGUUUUCAGGCCACCACAAUCUUUGCGGCAGAAGAGGACAUCCAGGAAGGCCGGCUGGCUGUUUUCUUCCUCCUCCAUUGUAAAUUGAAUGUCCGGGAAGACGGCGUUGAGAUGUUCUUUGAAUGUCGGCACCUGAUCCAGUUCGAUGACGACGAAGGUGUCACCCACAUACCGAGCCCAGAAUUUCGGUCUGUGGUGUCAGAAAACCAGCGACUCCAGCCGUUGAAGGACCGCCUCGGCUAUGAGUCCCAAAAUCGGCGAACCCAUUGGCGUCACCUUCACCUGCUCGUAGAUUGUUCCGUCGAACGUAAAGUACGUAGUAAGACAGAACUUCAGGAGCUGGAUGAUUUGGGCGUGUCCGAGGCGAUUAUCCGUUUCGUCGUAUUUCUCUCGUAGGAGUAGUUCGAUGAUCUCGACUGCUGGGUCCUGCGGGAUAGAAGUAAACAAGGGAUGUGACAGCAGAGGACACCAUGAUGCCGCUUGGCAGGAGACUUACUCCUUUAAGUUUCUCUAAGAAUUGCGUUGACGAGCUGACUGUGGUGUUCGAAUCGGAGGUUAAAAAACUUGAGACGAUGGAAGAGCCACUUUGCCAGUCCGUAGGUUGGAGUGCCCUUAAGUGAUACGAUAGGCCGGAGAGGAGCGCCCUCUUUGUGCACUUUUGGGAGACCGUAGAAUCUGGCUAUGCCGUUUCUUGUGCUCUCGACAUCCGUCGAUCGAUUGGCGAUAUUGCACCUGAGUUCUCCAUUGCCAACAGCGUCGCGGUAAUCUCGCGUGUCAGCGUUUUCAUGGGGUUGAAUUCGCAUGGGACAUAGGACUGACGAUCCUCCAGCAAGCUUUUGACUUUUUGAUUGUAGUCUGUCUGUCUGGACAGGACAGACAGACUGGAGUCGUUUACCGGAUCUGGUGUAGUUGCGAACAAAGCAAUUAUGUCGGAAAAACUGGGAGAUUACUCCGUACGCCAAUUGCUGAGCACGCAGAAGCAGUGAGGCGGGGAGACGCUAACUCUCAGGUGGCGGCACGCUCGACGGGACCCGUCCAUAUAGUGUUAGGGGGUGCUCACCGAUCGUUCAUACGGAAUUCACUCGUUCCGUUGUGCCUUAAGGGCUCUCUCUCGAGCCAAACCAGCAGCCGCACAGCGGCGCAUGAUAUAGGCAGUAUGUUAUUAUCGACAAAGACAAGGGAGACUGGAAUGGUCAUUUCUGGCUUAUUAGCCAUCGUCAGCCAGCCAUACCCAAGCCCGAAUUGUGGAACACCCGAGCCUCGAACUCGCGACCUGUUGGUUUAGAAGUCAACGCCUCUACUCACAGAGGCUCGGGUGUUCCACACGUCGGGCUUGGGUAUGGCUGGCUGACGACGGCUAAUAAGCCAGAAAUGGCCAUUCCAGUCUCCCUUGUCUUUUUUCGGUAAUAGUAUUCUGCCUAUAUAUCAUGCGCCGCUGUGCGGCUGCUGUUUGGGCUCGAGAGAGAGCCCUUAAGGCACAACGGAACGAGUGAGUUUCGUAUCAACGAUCGGUGAGCGCCCCCUAACACUCUAUAUUCGCGAUCGAAAACCGACAGGGCAACGGGCUCGUGGCCCGGUGAGUAGAGGCGUUGACUUCUAAACCAACAGGUCGCGAGUUCGAGGCUCGGGUGUUCCACACUUCGGGCUUGGGUAUGGCUGGCUGACGACGGCUAAUAAGCCAGAAAUGGCCAUUCCAGUCUCCCUUGUCUUUGUCGGUAAUAUCAUUCUACCCGUCCAUAUUUUUAAACGUCAAGAGGCCGAAAUCCUCGCAAGGGGUAACAACCGCGUGAGCCGCGAGCUGCUCGAGUAAUGGUUCUCAUGCCCGCAAUCCAUCAACAAGCACAAUGACCUCCCGAUACCCUAUACCGUACUGCGAAUUUCCCUGGGCAGGAGAAUCAGUCACGUGGGGAAGGCGCGGGCGAGCAUUCAUCACUGUGACAGUGAGCCAGUUUGCCGAACAAUCGUCACACCAGCAUCCAGCACGGAUGACGAAAUCGCGGCAAUUAACGACUCGGACUCGGACUGACAAGCCAUCACCGCAUCAAUUACGGCCCCACCGGUGAUUGCGAGAACUGUUAACUGUAAUGCGCAUACGGUCCCGCGGCAGCCACGUGCUAUAUAUACUGCACUCCUGGUGCCACCAUCACCUUUAUCUGCGAAUGUUUCUGAGGAUGGAUUCGAUUGGGAAUCCGAAACGUCAGGCAAAUAAAUGUCCUGUUCCAGAGAUCGCAUCUUCAUCUUCCGAUGAUUCGAGGCCUCCUCCAAGAUUGUCACACGAAACUUCGCAAGUACCGUCAUAGGACUGACGAAGAAAUGACCAGAUGCUGUGAGUUCAUCGGUGAGAUCGGUACAAAUCCGCUCCUGCAGGGAUUGACUGAACAUGCCCGCGAACAGAGAGUGAUACGCGACGCAGCACUGGAGAACAAAUUCCGAAAGCUGUCCAAUCCAACAUCGCCCAGAAACGACAAACUGGAGCACAACAUGUCAAAGCAGCUGACGAAGGAUCAGAUGCAGGUUUUACGUCACGAAGCUGCAUUCAACACUGCUGACGCCAAACCUGUUAACACGAUUGCAGCAGUGAAUUCAGUCCUUAUUCAGACUGAGGCAACGGAGAAGACUAAGAGCCUCAUCCGACCCCAAAAUUUUGUCCUUCCUAAUGGCCCACAGACCGCGGGAAGUGCUUUCCAAGGUCGAACGUGA